AUGGCUUAUGAAAUCGUUCCCUAUGUCUGUAAGCGAUUUUCUUCAUUAAUCUUUGUUCAAGACACACACAGAAAGGUGUUGCGUGCAGCGGGUGUCAGCAAAGAAGUAGAAAAUACUGCCAAAAACUUUAAAGACAUUCUAGCUGUUCUGCCGGAUGCUCAGGCACGAGAAAUGAAGGAACAGAAAGUGAGAGAUUGGUUAAAUAAGCUCAAAGACAUAUCCUAUGAUAUAAAUGACGACUUUGAUGGGUACAGCACUUCAUUUCUGAAACUGCAAAUUGUGGGGGCUGAAAAUCCUCUGUUUAAAAAGAAGAUUACCUCCUCAUUUGAUCUAAGUGAGAUACAUGGUCAAAAUAAGAAAGAAGAUAUUUUAGUUAGCAAGUUAUUGGGUGAGGGUACUAGUGUGAUCUUAAUUGUGGGUACGGAAGAGAAAGGAAAAACACUUGUUCAAUUUGCUUACAAUAAUAAUGAGGUGAUUAACAAUUUCAGUAAAAGAAUAUUGGUGGACAUACUGGGCUCUGAAGACAAGUGUAGCAUUAAAAGUGAAGUUUCAGAAGGCAAGCCUAUUUCAGUAGGAUAUGAUGUUUUUAGUGAAACAAUUAAAGAACAUAUAAAAAAUGAGAAAUGUCUUCUUGUCUUAAAUGAUAUGAGGAUAGAAGAUUACAAUAAAUUGGGAUCAUUGGGUACUCUAAAAUAUGGUGGUCUUGAUGGAAGUAAAAUUUUAAUUACCACAAGUGAUGAGAAGUCAGUUGCUUUUAGGUUGAUGUUAGAUGAUAUUAUAACGUUAAAUGAAUUAUCCGAGGAGGAAAAUUGGUCAUUGUUUGAAAAACGAGCCUUAUCUGAAAGAUCAACUGAGGAGCGUGGACGCUUAGAAAACAUUGGUAAACAAAUUCUAGGGAAGUGCCAAGGCUCGCCUUUGGCCAUACAGGUCAUGGGCAGUCUAUUACGCUUUAAAACUAGUCAGGAGUGGGAGUUUAUGUUAGAUAAAGAAGUUUGGAAACGAGAAGAGUCAAAGGUAGGUUUUCCGCCAGCUUUUUUUUUGAGUUAUUAUGAUUUGCCCUCUAUGAUAAGAUUGUGUUUCAUAUACCUUGCUAUCUUUCCUAAGGGCUAUAGGAUGAAUAAAGAUGAAUUGAUUAAAUUAUGGAUGGCUCAAGGUUAUCUUGGGUUAGAACCAAAUAUAGAGAUGGAAAUACUAGGUCAAAGGUAUUUUAACUACUUAGUAAGUCGAUCCUUCUUAGAUAUUGAAAAAGAUGAUAAUGAUAAUAUUAUAAGUUGUAAGAUUCAUGGUUUAAUGCAUGACUUUGCCAAAUUUCUGAAACGGAAAGAGUGUAUAACUAUAGAAAUUAAUGAUAGUGUCGAAGAGCCAUUCAAAAACUCUUCCCAUGACAAAGUUUAUCAUUCAAUGUUAAUGCUUAAGAAAAGAAGUUCAUUUUCGGUCUCUAAUUGGGAUGUCGAAAGGUUGCGCAGUCUCUUCAUUAGUUGUGAAGAUAAUGACUACCCUUUAGACAAUGAUAUUCUACCACAGUUGUUUGGUAGCUUGGAUCGUAUAAGGGCAUUGAAGUUUGAUGCAUUUGGUGAUUUUAUUAAAGAGAUUCCAACAGAAAUAGGAAAACUCAUACAAUUAAGAUAUCGUGAUUUAUCUGGGCAAAAUAUAAAAAAGCUACCCGAAACUUUGUGUGAGUUAUAUAAUCUACAAAGUUUAGACAUUUCUCGGUGUGAAGAACUUAAAGAAUUACCUCAAGCAAUGGGAAGGUUAAUAAACUUGAGGCAUUUAACAAAUGAUAAUACUGAUUCAUUAAGUUACAUGCCAAUAGGGAUUGGGAGAUUAACACAUCUCCGAACAUUAAGUGAAUUCAUUGUAAGUGGUGCCGGUAAUGGUACUCAUGGUAACAAAGCAUGUAAUCUUGAAAGUUUGAAAGAUUUGAACCGUCUUCGAGGGAAACUUGUCUUAAGAGGGUUAGGAAAUGUGAAAAAUGUGAGUGAGGCUGAGAAAAUGGAACUUAAAAGUAAGAAAAUCCUCUCUGGUUUGGGGAUAAUCUUCGAUGAGGAUGAAGAAGAGCAGAGGAUAAAUCAUGAUGAAUCACUUCUCAAGGCCUUACAACCACCUCCAAAUUUGGAAAAACUUGAUAUACAAUCAUAUAGAGGCAGCACUUUUCACUCCGAUUGGGUGAUGUCAUUAACCAGGUUGAGACAUUUAAGACUCAAAUUUUGCAUAAAUUGUAAGCAUUUGUCUCCUUUUGGAGAAUUACACUCUCUUGAAUCACUAAGGAUAAGUAAAAUUUCUAGUGUGAAAAGAGUGGACUAUAAAUUUUGGAGAACAGAAAGUGAUGGCAGAUCUUCAUCAUCAUCAUCAGCUAUUCUCUUCCCCAAAUUGAAAUAUCUCCAGUUUUCGGAUAUGAAAGAAUGGGAAGAGUGGGAUUAUAAGAUUAUAAGGGAGGGAGAAGAAAAAGAAUAUACUACAAUCAUGCCAUGUCUUGCUUCAUUGGAAAUCAACUUCUGUCGCAAAUUAGAAGCACUGCCAGACGGCCUUCUCCAGAGGACAACAUUGAAGAAAUUGCAGUUUUAUGAAUGUCCUGUUUUAAGACAAUAUUUCAAAAAAAGAAUGGAAGAGCAUUGGCCCCAGAUCACUCAAAUUUCUACCAUCAAAAUUGACGGUCAAUAUGUGCAAGGAGGCCCUGGUCAUUGA